AUGGAAGAGCAGAUGGCCGAAAUGCGUAGGGAAACUGAGGACAAGUCUAAGGUGAAGUGUUAAACACUCUUUCACACACACACAGCGUAGUAGAUCACCUUUAACAUUUACUGUUAACACAGGCAGACUCGGACAGAGCCGAGCAUAUGCAAAUUGCAGCAGUCUCCAACCACACUAUCAACUUGUUCAUACUUGCACUCAUUCAUGUGUGCAGGUCUUACAAUCAGCAAAGCGGCCAAGUCCAACUGCACCAUUGUCUGUCUGACCAUGAGAUCCACUGCUCUCUGCUGACGAUUGGGUGUAGCUGUAUAACUCCGGAGGAAACAAGGCCAAAGCAAAGUGGUCCCUGAUCCAAUUACCUGGCUAGACUUAAAUGCUAAAAGUGUAAACAUCAAUGGAAUCUUGCUCACUGACCAUGACUGCACUCUUUUUUGGGUGGUUUUGAGAUUUUAAACUUGUGUAAUGAACAAUGUUGCACUUUCUGAUUGAUUGCAUGUCUUACAUCUGCCCUCUUUCAUUCCAGGAACUAGAAAGACAAAAGCACACAUGCACAGUACUGCAGCACAAACAAGUGGAGUUAAAAGAGGGAAUCCGCCAAAGAGAUGAACUCAUAGAGGUAUGGCUGCACUAAGAAAACCAACAUUUGGUGGCCAUCCAUUUACACCUACACCUCUUUCUACACUUCCAUUAUUUACAGUCCUGUAGUCUGUGUACUGCAGUAGCUUGAUGAAGAUCCAUAGUGUGAGACUACACUUCUCUCUCUCAUAGUCUCACACUCAUCCCAGUGUCUCCUCUCCUCUGAUUCAUCGUUUUCUCUGUCUGGUCUUUGUCACAUUUCUUUGCCUUGUUUCUCUAUACUGAAAUUAUCUCUAAUCCAGAUCAUUUUCUGGCCACCUUACUUUUCAUCACUCUCUCACUCUCACUCUAUCACUCAAUUUCUAUUCAAGGCUAUCUAUAUUUUUAUGUUUCAUCCUCUAAUUUCUCCUUUCAUAUCUCUUUCCAUCCUUUUCAUCUAUUUUAUUCUGUUUUUCAUUCUAUUUUACCCUGUAUCCCAUUUCACUCUCUCUGUACGCAAUACCACUACAGGAAAACCAGCAAAUCCAGAAUAAGUUAGAUACCCUCACCAGAGACGUGUUUGACCUGCAGGAAACGAUAAACUGGAAGGACAAAAAUAUUGGGGUAGGAGGUCACGCUAGGGACUGAAGGAUUGUGAGAGGCAAUAGAUGUGCACAGACAUGUUCAGACAGCUUGUGUUGUUUUGGUUUGUAUGUUUCUCUCUGACCAAAUGAAAAUUGAAGGGUUGUGUUUAGAUUAAAAUGUAAGUGUACAUUCGUUCACACCCUCCUCACGUAUUUAAAAGCAUUGGGUUGGUGCAAGCAUGGCUGGAGGGAGUUUCCACCAUAUUCCUUACAUCAGUCCAAUUCCUUUUAAAUCCAUGAGGGGCAGUCUUACUAGUGUAAAAUUCAGCAGAAGGGUAGAGAAUCGGACCACCCAUAUCAACCUGUAGAGUUGCCUGAAGGAAACUUGGUGCUGAUUCACCGAUCAAUUAAAUCUGUAUUAGGUAAUCGACUGGUCCUAAACGUUUAUUGCCUCUCAUAGUUGCAUGACAGGGAACCUGGAUAAUAGCCAGUAGUUGUUGGACCAAUUCUAAUUCACAGUUUGGAGUUUCCCCUAAAUGUGCAUGUGAUAUGAUGAUUGUGGGCUCACUAAUUUAAUACAGUUUGGAUGCUAUAGUCAUGAUAGGUUCAAAUGUAGGUUUUGUGUGCACUCCGUAAAGUUUAGUCAGUGCAAGGGAAAAUGUGAACCUGCAAGCAUUUAUGUAUGGAAAAUGAUGUGAAAUUUCUCCCCUUUAAAACUCAUAUUUGAUUUACCCUGAAAUGACAGCAUGAAAUCCAUUUCAGUUAUGUAGGCCUAGACCUAAAGCUCUGCCUGUCUAGUGUCAGAUAGAUUUUUUUUAUUUGGCCUUUAGCUCUCCCUUACAUCAAUGUUUUGUCAUGUGUUGUUUUAUCUGUGAGCAUGUGGUGGUUGUGUCAACAUCUGUCACUUUGCCUUUCCAACUCAACCUUACCAUUCUGGUGUACAUUUUGCGUGUCUACAGACAUAUGUGCAUGUACAAAGGACAUUGUAGUGGGCAUGCAUAUACUGUACGUCUAUCAGUCUUUCCACCCGUUCCUCCACUUCUUUUCUCUCCCUUCUCUUUCUUUAUGUCUUCUCUGGCUGACAUCAAGGCGAAGGCCAAAACAGGAGAGUUAGGUCUCACCACCAGAGGGCUGGGAAUAGUCUAUAUCCCCAUUGAAUAGACAAAGUAGGUUCCAGGAAUAAGCUUGCUAGAAACAGAACAGUGAUAAUAAAGCAACUUGUGGUAUGUAGCUAUGCAUGUCUUCUUGUGUACCUCAGUUUGUUUUGUAUUUUUUCUUACUCUGUUGUUUCUUCCACCUCCCCUCCCGAUGUCAAAUGUGUUGAACUACACUGAGUAUACCAAUCAUUAGGAACACCUUCGUAAUAUUGAGUUGCACCCUCCCUUUGACCUCAGAACAGCCUCAAUUCUUCAGGGCAUGGACUCUACAGGGUGCCAAAAGCGUUCCACAGGCGCACGUUGACUCCAAUGCUUCCCACAGUUGUGUUAAGUUGGCUGGAUGUCCUCUGGGUGGUGGACCAUUCUUGAUACAAACGGGAAACUGUUAAGCGUGAAAAACCCAGCAGCGUUGCAGUUCUUGACACAAACCGGUGCGCCUAGCACCAACUACCAUACCCAAUUCAAAGACACUUAAAUAUUUUGUCUUGCUCAUUACCCCUCUGAAUGGCACACAUACACAAUCCAUGUCUCAAUUGUCUCGAGGCUUAAAAUCUUCCUUUAAUCUGUCUCCUCCCCUUCAUCUACACUGAGUGAAGUGGAUUUAACAAGUGACAUCAAUAAGGAAAGAGCAGGUGUUCUUAAUAUUUGUAUACUCUGUGUAUGCUGUGUGUUUGUCCGUCUGUGUACAAGCAAUGGAAACCUCAGUAAACCGUUACUUCAUACAGUUCUACAUGGUCUGCUCUGUGGCUUAUUGCAUUUCAAACCGUGAAAUACAUCAAGUUCUCAUCUGUAAACCCUCCUAUGCUGCCUCACUCUAGCCAAGUUCCAAUGACCGUACUAUCAUGGUCCAAUUCAUACUGAGUGGUAUGCUAGUGUGGAUAUUGGGACAUAGCCUCUCUGUGUUGAGGUCCUCUUUUAACCCUGUCUCCCUUUGACUCCUUAGAAACACGGCCUGGUCAUCAUCCCAGAGGGAAUGCCUAAUGGGGACAUCAGCCAUACCGACCCAGCCACAGGGAUCACCGUGGUUACACAGGAGGCUGCCCAGGUGCUGGAGUCAGCAGGAGAAGGGCAUCUGGGUGAGUGGAGGGAACAGAACAGGCUCUCCUAAAGGGAGCACAAAUAAAUGAAUUCAUAUCUGUGAUGUACAUGUGUUAUUUAGUCAAUAAUAAACCAGGGGGCGCGCUUCAUUGUUAUUUUAGCACAGUGGUGCUGCGGUCAUAGGUGUAAGGCACCUUUUUAUAAUCAUAUUUUUUCUCCUUUGCAGAUGUUAGGCUACGAAAGCUUGCGGAUGAAAGGGAUGAACUAUUAGCCCAGGUAUAUAUCUUUCCUCUUCAACCCCAGUUUCCUCUUGACAAUUUUCUCAUGUCUUUUUUAACUGCCUGUUAAGCUAUAAUAAGUAAUGCUGUCCAUUCUGUGUGGUGUCCCUCAGAUCAGGAAGUUGAAAAUGCAACUGGAGGAUGAGAGGCAGAAGAAAUCCAAGAUGGAGAAUGCCUUCACAGACAGAGAGAGGAUGGAGAAUGGCACUGACCUGCACUUCAUUGAGAUGCAAAGUAAGUCCCGUUCCUGCCCAAACCUACAAAAGUUCACACUACCAUUCACACAAACAUACAAAGGCAUACACGUCGCCAUUGAUACAAAGCCUAUGCACACUCACUCAGAGGCUUUCUCUUUAAAUUAAACACUGCCAAAAAGAAACUAACAGCAAGGCUCACAUCUUAAUUCCCUUGUCCUGUGUAAGUACCUGUACUAACUCAAAUGUUCUAAUGUUUUACUCUCUGCAGGAGAUGCCAACAGACAGAUAAGUGAAUACAAGUUCAAGCUCUCGAAGGCAGAACAGGAAAUGGGCACAAUGGAACAAAACGUAAUUCAUGGAAACACUGACAUACUUUUCCCCCCGUCCAUAUGUACCCUAGCUGACCAUAUUCAAACUGCUGAACCAGACACAUUAAUAUACAGUGCCUUCGGAAAGUAUUCAGACCCCUUGACUUUUUCCACAUUUUGUUACGUUACAGCCUUAUUCUGAAAUUGAUUACAUUGUUUUUUUUACCCUCAAUCUACACACAAUACCCCAUAAUGACUAAGCAAAAAUAGGUUUUUAGAAAAUUUAUUACAAAUAAAAAACUGAAAUAUAACAUUUACAUAAGUAUUCAGGCCCUUUACUCAGUACUUUGUUGAAGCACCUUUGGCAGCGAUUACAGCAUCGAGUCUUCUUGGGUAUGACGCUACAAGCUUGGCACACCUGUAUUUGGGGAGUUUCUCCCAUUCUUCUCUGCAGAUCCUUGCAGGCUCUGUCAGGUUGGAUGGGGAGUGUCGCUGCACAGCUAUUGUCAGGUCUCUCCAGAGAUGUUCAAUUGGGUUAAAGUCCGGGCUCUAGCUGGGCAACUCAAGGACAUUCAGAGACUUGUCCCGAAGUCACUCCUGCGUUGUCUUGGCUGUGUGCUUAGGGUCGUUGUCCUGUUGGUGAACCUUCGCCCCAGUCUGAGGUCCUGAGCGCUCUGGAGCAGGUUUUCAUCAAGGAUCUCUCUGUACUUUGCUCUGUUCAUCUUUCCCUUGAUCCUGACUAGUCUCCCAGUCCCUGCUGCUGAAAAACAUCCCCACAGCAUGAUGCUGCCACCACCAUGCUUCAUCGUAGGGAUGGUGCCACAUUUCCUCCAGAGCUGACGCUUGACAUUCAGGCCAAAGAGUUCAAUCUUGGUUUCAUCAGACCAUAGAAUCUUGUUUCUCAUGGUCUGAGAGUGUUUAGGUGCCUUUUGGCAAACUCCAAGCUGGCUGUCAUGUGCCUUUUACUGAGAAGUGGCUGCCGUCUGGCCACUCUACCAUAAAGGCCUGAUUGGUGGAGUGCUGCAGAGAUGGUUGUCCUUCUGGAAGGUUCUCCCAUCUCCACAGAGGAACUCUAGAGCUCUGUCAGUGUGACCAUCGGGUUCUUGGUCACCUCCCUGACCAAGGCCCUUCUUCCCCGAUUGCUCAGUUUGGUCGGGCGGCCAGCUCUAGGAAGAGCUUUGGUGGUUCCAAACUUCUUCCAUUUAAGAAUGAUGGAGGCCACUGUGUUCUUGUGAACCUUCAAUGCUUUUUUGGUACCCUUCCCCAGGUCUGUGCCUCGACACAAUCCUGUCUCGGAGCUCUACGGACAAUUGGUCAUGGCUUGGUUUUUUCUCUGACAUGCUCUGACAUGCACUGUCAACUGUGGGACCUUAUAUAGACAGGUGUGUGCCAUUCCAAAUCAUGUCCAGUCAAUUGAAUUUACCACAGGUGGACACGAAUCAAGUUGUAGAAACAUCUCAAAGAUGAUCAAUGGAAACAGGAUGCACCUGAGCUCAAUUCCGAGUCUCAUAGCAAAGCUUCUGAAUACUUAUGUAAAAUAGGUAUAUCUGUUUAUUUGAAAUUUUAUACAUUUGUUAAAAUUUCAAAAAAAAAACUGUUGUCGCUUUGUCAUUAUGGGGUAUUGUGUGUAGAUUACUGAGGAUUUUAUUUUUAUUUUAUCCAUUUUAGAAUAAGGCUGUAAUGUAAUAAAAAGUGGAAAAAGUCAAAGGGUCUGAAUACUUUCCUAAGGCAUUUUAGUAUUCGAAUGAGAAAAUGAAAAUAAAUGUCAGCUUCAAAGGUGAAGGUUGCAUUUAAUUUGUUUUUGUUUCAUUAUCCUCAUAUCCAGAUCAACAGACUUGAAGGACAAGUGUCCAGAUACAAGGCAUCAGCGGAUAACUCAGAGAAAAUAGAAGAUGAACUGAAAAUUGAAAAAAGGAAACUUCAAAGAGAGGUAAGGAACAAAAUAAAAUAUAAAAAAUUGCAGUGGCCGAUGCUUGAUUUGACGUAAAACAUAGUCUAACCUUUCAUCUCUAACCAUUCCCCUCUUUUUCCCACAGCUGCGGACUGCACUAGAUAAGAUUGAAGAGAUGGAGAUGACAAACAGCCACCUAUCAAAGCGCCUUGAGAAGAUGAAGGCCAAUCGGAACGCCCUUCUGUCUCAGCAGUGA